CUUUAAGCAGAAGAUAAGACUUUAGCAGCCUUCACGGAGGCUGAAUCCUUCACACACUGAGCUGCUCUCCUUCAGGACCGUCAGGGUUCAAUGUGGCGGCGUCCGUCCAAACAUGAAGCUGUCCCUUCUUCUCCUGAGCGUGUGGCUGGGCUCCGCGUCCUCCUGCUCUGAUGUGAUGUUCACCUGCACGUCUGGAGAAUGUCUCCAAGCGCAGCUCACCUGUGAUUUUAAGGCAGACUGCCCAGACGGAUCCGAUGAAGAUCUUUGUGGCUCUUGUGAUUUUGAGAACAACUCUUGUGGAUGGAAGAAUGGAACCGACUCUACUUUUUACUGGAGGAGGGAGCUGGCGAACAUCACCACCUUACCUGGAGAAGACCACACCUCAGGAGGCCCAAUGGGGCUGGUCAUGUACCUGGAUGGUAAAGAGGGGAGUGGCCUCUUCCACCAGGCAGAUCUGGAGUUGUGGGUGGACCAUCCAGCUGCUCUGGGAUGCCAGAUGAGAUUCUGGUUCUACGUUUAUGACAACGAUUCGUUUCCGCUGUCCACAGACCUGAAAGUAAAGAUGGUGAGGGGCGCCACAGUGACAGAUUUACUGACCAUUAACAAGAAAUACACAAGCAGUUGGGAGAACGCCACCGUCUUCAUUGGAAACCAGCCAGGAGGGUACAAGCUGCUGUUUUCCUACCGCCCAUCAUUCAUGGAAACCAAGGAGGUCAUGCUGGAUGACAUCACGUUUGAGAACUGCGGACAGGAAGACGUCCCGGGCGGGUCGGAGCACCUGACCUGCAACUUUGAGCGGGACACCUGCUCGUGGUACCACGACUACACGGCCAGUUUGUUGUGGGACAGGAACGAUGGGAAGUAUGAAGACGUGACUGGAAACGGCUACUUCAUGCGGGUAAAAGCUGGAUCCAACUCAGAUGCAUCAUCGGUGGCCAGACUAAUGAGCUUCCCUCAAGCCGGAGGUCAGACGAUAUGUGUGACCUUCUUCUACCUCAUCUUUGGAAACAGCAUCGGUUCUCUGAAGUUUAUCACGAAGCGUUCUGGUGAAGCAGAGACGGUCGUGUGGAUGAGAAGUGGCACCCAAGGAAACAAAUGGCGAUUUGCAGACCUGACCUUCACCAGUGACAAACCGAUACAGUUCAUCAUUGAGGCCGUGGUGGGAGGACAGCAGGGGAGCAUCGCCAUCGAUGACAUCGAGGUGUCUGCCAGUGUGAACGGCUCCUGUCCUCCUGAGAGGGAGUGCAGCUUCCAGGGUUCCCUCUGUGGGCUGACGCCCCGACCGUCUGCAGACUUCCACUGGAACCGGAUCACCGGAGCUUCCCAGCCGGCCAACUCCUCCGGCCCCGCAGAAGAUCACACACUCGGGACAAAGCAAGGUUACUACCUGAGUGCUGAGCUGUGGAGGCACCCUGAGGGAUCCACAGGGGCCAUGAUGACUGCAGUGAUGGAGCCCACCCCCUCUGAUGGGGAGUGUCUGAUGUUCUGGUAUUACAUGGACGGGGCAGACGGGGGAGAACUCAGUGUUCUCCUUCAGACUGCAGACAGUCACGAGAACGCCACCAGACUGUGGAGCAAACGAGGGGAUCAGGGGAGGCACUGGAGGCACGGGAGAGUGACGCUGUUCAGCCCCCACACGCAGUACCAGGUCAUUUUUGAGGCGAAAGCGGGCGGUGGACCCCAAAGAGACGUGUCCAUCGAUGACCUCACCGUCAUGAACGGCGCCUGCCCCCCAGCUGGUUUCUGUAACUUUGAGAUGGACUUCUGUGGUUGGGUCAACAAUCCCCCCCCAGACUCCGGGGUGGAGUGGGACUGGUUCUCGGGUGAGAGUGAAGGUCUCUUCGCACCGAGUCAAGAUCACUCCACGGGCUCCUCUUUAGGUCACUUUGCCAUAUUCUCCAGUCAGGAUGAUUUUCAUAGUGGAAAAGUCGCCCAACUGGAGAGUGAGACUAUGGACGCUGUAGAGCGAGCCUGCCUGGAGAUCUGGCACUUUGCCGAAGGUUUUGGGGCCCAACAAAAACCAUCCGACAUCACGCUGACGGUCUUUCUCAGUGUCGGCGGCGAGCUGCGUCCGCUGUUGAACACCAGUGGUUUUGGAAACAACUCGUGGAUCCCAGACCGAGUGGACUACAGCGCAUCAGGCCCCCACCAGAUUAUUUUACAAGCCAACUGUCCGGAGUCAGAAGUUGGAAGUUUUUCCGUGGAUGACGUCCACAUCAUCAGGGGCAGGUCAUGUGAUGAAACCGGCCUGACCACCACACUAACACCCCCCACCACGACCCCCGCUGGGCCCUCCUCUGACAUGGACUGCACCUUUGAAGAAGGCUGGUGCCGCUGGAUCCAGGAGGUCGGAGAUGAUGCAGACUGGGCUCGUCAUACGGGUCUUCAGGUGGACGAUCCCUGGAACGGUCCUCGAUUUGAUCACACCGUUGGGAAUAAUCAAGGAUUCUUCCUACUGCUGAACGGGUCGGGUCUGAAGGACGGCGAGAGAGCUGCUGUCUCGGUCCCGGCCGUCUCUCUGGAGUCCCAAAGCUGUGUGGAGUUCUGGUUCUACAUGCUCGGGCCGUCAGUGUCCAGCCUGGAUCUGCUGCUUCAGACUAACUCCUCUGAGUUGUUGGUCUGGACUCUUCAUGGAACCCAAAACCCAGAAUGGACCAGCGCACGAGUAACCAUCCACACCAACGACAGUUUCAAGAUAACGUUAGCCGGACACAGAAACACCCAAAGCUGGGGUUUCAUCGCUGUUGAUGAUGUCACAGUGAGGGGCGGAGCCUGCAGUAAUCAGAACGUUUGUGGGUUCGACUCCGACUCCUGUGGCUUUGACAACAGUGUGAGUCAGCGGGGGCUGUGGGGGCGCAGGAAGGGGGGCGAGCAUCACGGGGAUCACACCUAUGGAACCGAACAAGGUUUCUACAUGACUGUUUUCAGCUCAAACUCCAGACAGCCUGAGGUGGCAGACCUUCUUUCUCCAGCCUUCUCCUCUUCCUCAGAGAUGUGUGUUCGGUUCUGGUACUGGUUACCUGCAGACUCCUCUAACAGCCUUUCAGUUCACGUGCAGCGAGACGGUGAGCCGGGCGACGCCCUUUGGCGGCGGCCGGGGUCGCCCUCUACAGGCUGGGAGGUGGCAGAGGUCACGGUGUCUUCUCCUGCAAGAUUUUAUGUGGUGUUCAGAGCCGUCCACGUACCCGGCACCAGCGACUCUGUGAAAAUAGACGACGUCUCCUUUAAGAGUGGAGCCUGUAGUCCUGCAGGCAGCUGUGACUUUGAGUCCGGACAGUGUACCUGGGUCAACAUCCACAAAGACGGCGGACAUCAGUGGGUCGUGGCAAACGGAGGAUCACAUGGUCCACCAACGGAUCAUACCACGGAUACCCCAGAGGGUCAGUUUUUACUGAGUUUGUCUCGGCAGCACGGCUCUGUGGCUCAAGUCGUUUCUGAAUGGGUUCAAGAGAAAGAGACUUCCUGUUUCACCUUGUGGUACCACAUGGAAACCAGCGACUCGGGGACUCUGCGGGUCUUCACGCGUUCAGGCCCGUCGGAUCAGACUCUGGUCUUCCACAGUAACAGCAGCGGGAGCCGCUGGAGCCGAUUCUCUCAGACUCUCAACUCGACCAACCUGUUCCAGCUUCUGGUGGAGGCAGAGUCAAAGAGCAGCGGCUUCAUUGCAGUGGAUGACAUCAGUCUGACGCCGGGCGUCUGCAAACAAAACGAAACGACUUCAGGGUUUGAAGGCUGCUCGUUUGAGAACGGGACGUGUGGAUGGGAGGACGUCAGCAGCGGCCAGUUCAAGUGGGAGAGAGGAAGGAAUGCUACUGGGAGCGCUGGGCCUCCUGUGGACAACACGCUGGGCACCGAGGAGGGAUGGUACAUGGCGGUGGAGCCUCAUCGUGGAGAACACGUGAGCGCCGCCCUUCUGCAGAGUCCCCUCAGCCGAGAGGCCAGCUCCACCUGCACGCUGCAUUUCUACCACAACACGUAUGGAGAGGAUGUGGAGCUCAGGGUUCUGCUGAAGGACGUCUCCCAGACCACCACGCUGUGGUGGCUGUCCGGUAACCAUGGAGACGUGUGGCAGCACGGAGAGGUCCUGGUGGGCCGCGUCCCCGCCGACUUCACCGUCCUGUUUGAGGCUUCCAGAAACGUGAACGAGCGCGGCCACGUUUCCAUCGACGACGUCUCCUUUAGCGGCUGCUCUCUGCCAGACGCUCAACCUCAGUGUCCCGACGGCGAGUUCACCUGCAGCAACAGCGCCUGUGUGGACCCCCAGCAGGUCUGUGACUUCAGCGACGACUGCGGGGACGGGUCCGACGAGAACCGCUGUGAGGAGCUCGGCGUGGUUGAGCGCUGCGACUUUGAAGAAGGUUUGUGUUUCUGGGAGAACAGUGACCUGGACGCCGCUGCAGCUGACUGGACACUUUAUAGCGGCGAGGAAGCGUGGCCCGACCGCGGACCCCCCAGGGACCACACCCGGAACUCCGCUGCAGGUCAUUAUGUUGCCCCGCCCACCCAUCUGACCCUGAAGGGCCAGGCCGCCGAGAUCCUCUCCAGAACGCUGCUGCCCAGCUUCAACUGCACCCUGAGGUUCUUCUUCUUCUGCGUGGACGCCACUGCCGGCAGACUGACGGUCCAGUCCAGGACUCACGGGUCCGGCGGCGGUGACGGCGAGCUGUGGCUCAUGGAAACGCCCCCCAGCUACAGCUGGCAGAGAGCGCAGCUCACGUUCUCGUCUGCAGUCAGCAGCAAGGUCGUCUUCAGGUAUGAACUCACGGAGGAUUCCAGAGGGCUGGUCGCUCUCGAUGACAUCUCCUUCUCCAAAGAAUGCACAUUUGACCCCGACAACAACCAGCUACCUGGAGCUCCAUCCACCCCACCUGCCCCAUCUGACACCCCUUCAGCCACACCCUCAACCCCCCCCGUGGACCCCUGCCAGGACGGGGAAUUCUUCUGCCGUCUGUCAGACGGGAACGUUUGCAUCUCAGAAUCUUUGAAAUGUGAUUAUCAGCCGGACUGCCCCCGAGGAGAGGACGAGGCCGGCUGUGGUCCGUGCACGUUUGAGAGCGAUCAGUGCCGGUGGACGGACAGUGGCGAGGGCGCGUGGCGGAGGCUGAAGGCCGACAACAGCACCGAGCCUCCAGCCGAUCACACCACAGGAGAAGGAUACUUCAUGACAGCAGAGGUCGGCCAGGGAUUCGACGGGACCGAGGCCAGACUCCAGAGUCCCCCGCUCCCCCCGUCGUCCCCCUUCUGCCAGAUUCAGUUUCACUUCCACAUCAGCGGAGAGAGUGCUGGGUCACUCAGAGUGCUUAUGCAGCAAGCUGCCGGCGGUGAAGCAAUCCUGUGGUCACGCAGUCACAACACCGUCUCCCUCUGGACCCCCGAGCUGUUGGCCUUAGGCCGGCAGGAGCAGCCGUACCAGAUUUAUUUUAGCGGGACAAAGGAAGAACCGACGGAGCCCCACGCUGCUGGGGGGGCGGUUGUUGCCGUGGACGACAUCUCCUUCCUCAACUGUGAAAAAACAUUCCAGCCGCCAGCUGUGUCCGCCUCCAGCUGCACGUUUGAUGAUGGGAUGUGCGGGUGGACGCAGGGGGCCGAGGACGAGCUGGACUGGCUGAGCGUGUCCGGGCCCACAGAGACCCCCAACACCGGGCCUGCAGGAGACCACACCACCGGCAAAGGGAAUUAUCUUCACAUCAGAAGCUCCCCUCCGAGCCUGAAGGGAAGCAGAGCUCAGCUGAAGUCUGCAGUGUUGCCCCCUGCUGGUGAAGGGGGGUACUGCUUCACUCUGUGGUACCACAUGUUUGGACCCACUGUGGGAGACUUGAAGAUCUUUCUGCAGACAGCUGGCACUCUGGAGAAAGAACUGAUUUGGCAAAAGUCGGGAACCCAAGAGGACGAGUGGCUUCUGUGUCAGAGUCACGUGACCCUGCAGAGCCCCCACCAGGUGAUCCUGGAGGCCACAGUUGGGGGGCAGGCCGGAGACAUAGCACUGGACGACAUUACCUUCGUGGAGGGGCCGUGUCCGGCGUCCGAUUUGUGCGACUUUGAAGACGGAAGCUGCAACUGGCAGCAGGACACGACUGAUGACUUUGAUUGGAUCAGGCAGUCUGGUCACACCCCCAACCCCAACACGGGACCCGAGAGUGACCACAGCACCAACACAGCGGCAGGACACUACUUCUACCUGCCCUCCUCUGCUGAUGACCGAGCAGGACAGAAGGCAUCGAUGUUCUCCCCCCUUUACCCAGCAGAAAAGGCGUCCUGCGUGCAGCUGUGGUACCACAUGAACGGCAGAGGAGUCGGGACGCUCAACGUUUACCAGCAGAGUGAAGACCAGAAGACGGUCGUGAUCUUCUCCCAGACGGGAGACCAGGGCCAUCUGUGGAGGUUUGCUCAGGCCUCCCUGCUGCCGCGGGUGCAGCCGUACAGAGUUGUGGUGGAGGGCGUGAAGGCGGGUCCAGCCACAGAGGGGGGCGUGGCCUUUGACGACGUGCGGCUGACAGACGCCGUCUGUCCUCCUCAUGGCUUCUGUGACUUUGAGAGCUCUUUCUGCGGAUGGACCAACCUCGGUGGAGACGUGGAUCAGGGGGACUGGCUCCGCGGUGCGGGGGCGUCUCCAAACCCCCACACUGGUCCCACUGUGGACCACACCACCAACUCUGUACACGGUCACUACGUUUACGUGGACAGCUCGGUGGGGGAGUGGGGGGACAUGUCCUUUCUGAUCAGCGACGUGUUCCAGCCGUCCACCAGAGGGCACUGCCUCACCUUCUGGUACCACAUGUACGGCAGCUCGGUGGGGACCCUCAGAGUUUACCUGAACGACAGGAAAAUGAACGCUGGAGGAAACGAAGAAGGACUUCUGAAGUGGAUCGAAACGGGGAACAAAGGAGACGAGUGGCAGCAAGCAAACGUGUCUGUUCAACAUCAGGAUGCAUUCUGGUUUGUGUUUGUGUACCAGCGAGGAAAGACUGCCGGAGGAGAUGUCGCUCUGGACGAUAUCUCCAUCAUUCCCAGGGAAUGCUACACAGAGCCUCCAGUCCAAUCUUCGGAUAAAAACCUCUCUCUGACCGUCGGCCUCACAGUGGGUCUCACUCUGCUGGCUGGAGUCCUCAUCGCUGCUGGUCUCUACUUCCUGAACCGAAACUUGAAAAUAAUGCCGACAGUUUUGACAAAUGAAGAGACGGUUAGCACCGUGUUCGACAUCUGCGGCAGCAGUACAGCGGACACACUUCACGGACCAGGAGUGGAUUCGUCCUUCGACAACGUCCUUUACGAUCUGUCACCAACAAGCAACUCUGAAGUCUAGUGUGAUGCUUCCGGGUCAAACAGAAAAGAUCGUUUUGAUUUUUUGCUUUCUCUAUGAACUAGGAUAAAAACAUCACUUUUUGAUGCAAUGUUUUUCUUGGAUGUAAAAGAAGCUUCAUAAUAAAGUUAUGUAAUUUAUUUUAACUGUUUGUUUUAA